GGGGUCAGGGCCGCUCCGGGGCGGGGCGGGCGGCGCGGCGCGCAGGAAUGCGGGGAAUGCGGCUGCUGGUGCGCGGCCCCAUUCAGCCCAUUGGCGGGGCCGCGCCGCCGCCGCCUAUAAAGGGGCGCCCGCCGCCAGGCUCCGCAGUCACGCAGCCACUGUCCCGGCAGCUAACGGAGCACCGAGCACAGCGCAGCAGAGCAGAGCAGAGCCGCGCAGCUCAGACACCGCCCGCACCAGCCCCGCUGAAGGGAAGCGCCCUGCCGGGACCUCGCCUCGCAGCCGCCUCAGGAUGUCCCCGUCCAGCCUCGCCGCCGCCCUCCUCCUCCUCGUCGCCCUCCUCGGCCCGGACGAGGCCCGCGGGCAGGAGUGCAGCGGGCAGUGCCAGUGCGGGGCCGGGCCCGGCCCCAGCUGCCCCGCCGGCGUCUCCCUGGUGCUCGACGGCUGCGGCUGCUGCCGGGUGUGCGCCAAGCAGCUGGGCGAGCUGUGCACCGAGCGCGACCCCUGCGACCACCACAAGGGGCUCUUCUGCGAUUUCGGCUCCCCCGCCAACCGCAGGAUCGGCGUCUGCACCGCUCGGGACGGCGCCCCGUGUGUCUUCGGCGGCAUGGUGUACCGGAGCGGGGAGUCCUUCCAGAGCAGCUGCAAGUACCAGUGCACCUGCCUGGACGGGGCGGUGGGCUGCGUGCCCCUCUGCAGCAUGGACGUGCGCCUGCCCAGCCCUGACUGCCCCUUCCCGCGGAGGGUGAAGCUCCCCGGCAAGUGCUGCGAGGAGUGGGUCUGUGACGAGCCCAAGGAGCAGACUGCUGUGGGACCUGCUCUGGCUGCGUACAGACUGGAAGACACUUACGGUCCGGACCCGACCAUGAUGCGUGCCAACUGCCUGGUACAGACCACUGAAUGGAGUGCCUGCUCCAAGACCUGUGGCAUGGGCAUCUCAACCAGGGUCACCAACGAUAAUGCCUUCUGCAGACUGGAGAAACAGAGCAGGCUCUGCAUGGUCAGACCUUGUGAAGUGGACCUGGAGGAGAAUAUCAAGAAAGGCAAAAAGUGCAUUCGCACCCCCAAAAUCUCCAAGCCCAUCAAGUUUGAGCUGUCUGGCUGCACCAGCGUGAAGACCUACAGAGCUAAGUUCUGUGGUGUCUGCACUGACGGGCGCUGCUGCACACCCCACAGAACAGCCACCCUCCCCGUGGAGUUCAAGUGCCCUGAUGGGGAGAUCAUGAAAAGGAAAAUGAUGUUCAUCAAGACCUGCGCGUGCCACUACAAUUGCCCUGGAGACAACGACAUCUUUGAGUCUCUGUACUACAGGAAGAUGUAUGGAGACAUGGCAUAAAGCCAGAAGGAGACGCUAACUAGAUUCUCAACUUGAACUGAUUUGCAUCUCAUUUUGUAAACAUGAUUCAAUAGCACAAG